CUGUGUGACUUCACCUCACAUCUACCUCCUCCUCCGCCUCCUCCUCCUCCUGCUUUGGGCCGAUGUUUUGUGUUAAAGCUCCGGUCCUCCUGUCGCGGACACCCGGGGCGGACAGAUGGCUGCUCUCCAGCCGGAUCAGCCUCCGCCGCUCCAGCGCCCAGCAGACGGAGCAGCGGCGGGACGAGGCGAGCAGCCGCGGCCGCGUUCAGCGCGACUCGGCCCCGCAGUGUCCUGGAGGAAGAGACGGCACCACCUCCGCCUCCUGCAGCUCCAGGACCAGAGCUGCUAAUGAGAUCUCCGUAGACUUUGACCUGACCCGGGAGGCUUAUAAGAGCAAAGACUCAUUAGAGCUGCUCAGAAGUUUGGUGGUGUUCAAACUCUGCUCCUAUGACAUCCUGGUUGAUAAGAAUACAGAGAUAAUGGAUCUGGGUAAGAAGAUUCUGGGACAGAGAGCCUUCAACCAGUUCAUGAAGUUGACGUUUUAUGGCCAGUUUGUGGCCGGCGAGGACCACAGGGCGAUCAGGCCGCUCAUCCAGAAGAAUCAGGCCUUCGGCGUCGGCUCUGUCCUGGACUACAGCGUCGAGGAGGACAUCACCGAGGAGGAGGCGGACUCAUGUGCAUCCGCUGCAGAGAAAGAGAGCAUAGGCGAGGACCACGGAGAGGAGAAACUGAAAGCGCACCAGCAGUUGGAGGAGCGGCGUCGCGGGGGAGUGACUGCAGCCCGCACAUAUUCCGACAGCUACGAGGCCAAAUGUGAUCGGCAUAUGGAAACCUUCAUCAAAUGCAUCAAAGCAUCUGGUGGGAAUUCAAUGGACGGUUUUUCUGCGAUCAAAAUGACUGCUCUUGGACGACCUCAGUUUCUGCUCCAACUCUCAGAGGUCCUGAUGAAAUGGCAAAGAUUUUUUACCUUCCUGGCAUCGCAGCAGGGGAAAGAUGGUGUGGAAGCUUUAAAUCAGAGGCUGGAGCUCAACCAACUACAGGAAUCUUUGACCAAACUUGGUGCAAAAGGUGAUUUCUGUGGCUGGUUUACUGACGGGAAAGACAAAACCUCUGGAACCAUUGACGUGCUGGACUGGAACAGCCUAAUAGACUACAGAACAAAGACAUCGGACCUGCUCGUUGUCCCGAAUGUUCAGCAAGACGAGCUGGCGCCUCUGCUGGAGAAGUUCAGCACAGAGGAGGAGGAGCAGAUGAAGAGGAUGUUGCAGCGUAUGGACAUUUUAGCAAAGCAUGCCCUAGAGAAUGGUGUUCGCCUGAUGGUGGAUGCAGAGCAAACGUAUCUCCAGCCAGCUAUCAGCAAACUGACAUUAGCAAUGCAGAGGAUCUACAACAGAGACAAGCCUGUCAUCUUCAACACGUACCAGUGCUACCUGAAGGAGGCCUAUGACAACGUCAGCGUGGACGUAGAACUGUCACGACGCGAGGGUUGGUAUUUUGCUGCCAAGCUUGUGCGUGGUGCCUACAUGUACCAGGAGCGAGAGAGGGCCGAGGAGUUUGGCUACGAGGACCCUAUCAACCCUGACUAUGAGUCCACCAAUAUAAUGUACCACAGGUGUCUGGAUUAUGUGCUGGAUGAGAUUGCAAUCAACCGAAAUGCCAACGUGAUGGUUGCUUCCCAUAAUGAAGACACAGUGAAACACACCAUUCGAAGAAUGAAUGAGCUGGGUCUCGUUCCCACAGAGAACAAGGUGUACUUCGGUCAGCUCCUGGGAAUGUGUGAUCAGAUCAGCUUCCCAUUGGGCCAGGCAGGCUUCCCCGUCUAUAAGUACGUCCCCUAUGGCCCGGUGAGUGAGGUGAUGCCCUACCUGUCUCGGAGAGCCCAGGAGAACAGAGGCUUCAUGAAGGGCGUCCAGAAGGAGAGGGGGCUGCUGUGGAAGGAGCUGAAGCGCAGACUUUCCUCUGGGGAGCUUCUCUACAGACCGGCGUACUGAAAACACAGGAGAAGAGACAGAGAGGAGGGAGAGUGUUAACGUGUUGGAUUUUUUUUUUUCAUCUUCUCUGGUUGACAGCUGCUGCUGGGGCUGUCGGUUCUGUCUCUCCCUCGCUGCAGCUCUCCCUGGACGUGUAGCUCGCGAUCAAACCUAUUCUGGAGUUUCCUCGUUGAUGGACUGUUUCUGCACGUCACUCCUGCUCCCACCUCCCCCCCCUCGUCUUUUCCUCGCUGGUGUUGCCCACCCCCACCCCUGCCCCCUACUUACAUGUACUGUCCAUGUUCUCUCUUUUCUCAUCUGCCUCUGCGUCCACAAGCAUUCUUCACUUCCUGUUGUCUAAAGAACUCUGGUUUCCAUCAAGCUGUUCUUUACUGCUCCAAAAGGACUCUCUAAAAUGUCAACAGGACUCUUUUUAUCACCCUAUUUAUCUUGGAGUGGGACAACAGCAAUAAAAAUAACAGGCUUGAUUUAAAUGGCAGUAAAGGAAACAUCAAUAUCCCCACUCCUAUAUUAUGUGUUUUUUCACUCUCGGACAGCCGCACAGCUCUGAAGAGGCUUCUCUGUGUUCUACGUUUGUUUGCUGCGUCUGAUUUUUGUGUUGCCUGUUUGAAAAUGAUGCCUCUUUAUGAAUCAAUGAGAAAGUAUAAAUGCUUCUUCACAGCACAUCCCUCUCCUUCUCCUUCUGAGCGUGCGAUGCUUUUGUUAUUGUAUUUGCUGGAGGAAGCUAUAUUCUUCGCCGCUGAGGUGUUGCGAGGGAACACGACGUGCCGAAGCUCCUUUUUAAUACAGAUGCCUGCGAGUCUGGCAGGUUGUUUUAUUUUUAAUGACAUGGAUAAUAUGUAAAGAGGGGAAUAAGUCAGGGGGCUGCGUUAUUGCAUUUUGAUGCAUGGGCACUGUGCGUGUUUUAUCUUUUAUAAUGUAAAUAUCUUUAAAGCAGAUGCUUCUAUUUGUUGGUUUUACAUGUCUCACUUUAUGGACCUGUGAAAUUGACGUAUAAAUAAAUGAAAAAGAAGGA